GUAAGUGACUGCUAUACUGACGGCUUCCGGUGAGUGCCACUUAUCAACCAACAAGUAAAUAUGGCAAUGCUAUGUCGUGGUCUUCACAUACCUUCCCCAAUUCAGGCUUUAACAGAAUCUACGCCUCUGCCUUGGUUAAUUUCAUUCCGAAGCAAGUUCACCAAAGCACGGAUCCCACAAGAGAUUCUGGACGAGCGGUCUCAAGAGCAUGAGAAGUAUGGUGGAAACCAGGAGCAGCCCCAUAAGCUGCACGUGGUGACGCGGGUCAAGAGCACCAUGCGCCGGCCCUACUGGGAGAAGAAGCUAGUGGAGGGACUCUGCUUGCAGAAGGCGUAUGUACCUGUAAUUCACAAGAACAUCCCUUCAGUCAACAACCAGCUGAAAUUCAUCAAGCAUCUUGUGAGGAUCCAGCCACUGAAGCUUCCCCAUGGUCUCCCUGCUGAGGAAGACAUGGCCGACACCUACCUGAACAGCAAAGGAGAGCUGAUCGUACGACGCCUCCUCAAACCUGUAGGGUCCAAAGCCAUCGAGUCAUAGCCAGCACUACUCUAUACUCAAGCCAUUUUGUCAGUGGUCCUGUUUGAAUACUGAAAAUGCAUCCUCCCUUCCUCAAAGUAAUCACUGACAUGACUGGAUUGGCUGUGUAGUGGAUCACAUGCUUUCACCUAUCCAAUCUGUAUAGAACACAAAUGAAUGUUUUUACAGUCUGGCCUACCAGAAAUCAGCUGUGAUUCAAAUUACUGUAUUAGUGAAAUCCCUGUACCGGUGUUCAUUCUAGACCUGGACUGAGAAACACUUCUAUAGCUCACCCCUUUGUAUUAUAUUUCAAAUAAAAACAUAACAUUAACAUGUAUAAUAUGUUAAUGUGUAUAAAAUAAUACAUCCAUGCAAUCGAGGAAGUCAGAGGAAAAUAAUGUGCCAGUGGUGAUCAGCUUAUUUUAAGAUCAAGCCCAUUUUUAUAGAAAAACUCAAACCUGUGCUACCAAUCACACUGACGACACAAAGGAGGUGGCUGUGGAAUGCAGCUGACCUUGGCACUUGGUUGUUGCUCAUGAAAAGCUGGAUUGAAGUUUUCCCCCACAAAUCGUGUCGACAAAUGACAUGGAUCGAUGUUAAUUUAGCUAGCUAUAGUGUUAGCGAGGAUGAUUCGUUAAAUGGUAACAGCAUCAGGUCUCAGAGUUUCAUUGAUUCCAAUUGAAGUCCAGAACUGGAGUCAGUCAGGGCAGAAAGAGUUAAUUGGCUCAGAUAGGUAUCCUUUUAUUUGCAGGUUGGAAAUAAACAACCAAAAAGCACUUGAA